AUGUGUGGUUGUUUUGCAGGUUCCUUUCGAUUCAGUUUAAUCGCCGAUAAUGGGAAAAAAAACAAGCAAGAUCAAAGUGCACAAAAAGAAAUGAAUGAUUAUGAGAAGAAUAGACUUUUGAGGAUAAAAGAAAACCAAGCAAGACUAAAAGAUUUGGGAGUUAAAAGCAUUGCAAAUUCUUUGACAAGUUUGGUAGAAAGUCAAAAACCAAAGAAAAAACAAGUGAAACCAACGUAUAUCGGUGCUAGAGAUUCAGACUAUAUUCCUGAUUUGGGUGAUGAUAUUGAUGGAGAUUACCACGAAGUUGCUAGAAGUGUUCAACAACAUCGUCCACAAUAUAUUGCACCAAUGUCCAUGAAUAGACUUGCUAAUUUAACAAGGCAACGUCGGGUGAUUGCUCCAAAUGUCUCGAAUAAGUAUCCAUUGGUUUCGAAUGCAACUAAAGAAAAACAAUCUAGAUCAAAGACUAGUAUGGGUGACUUAAUCUUGAGGAAUAAAGGACCGCAAAGGGAAAGAGAGGUAUUCAAACAAAAUGCGGAAAAGCAUAAUUGUAUCAUAAGUGGAGCAACGAGACAAUUGGCUCUUGUUGAUGAGGAUGAGGAUGAUGAGAUAUCUCAAGCUGAUAUGGAGCAAUUUGGUUUGAAAGAUAAUGUUAAUGAAGGACGUCUUGCGCAAUGUGAAGAAGAUGAUGUUGAUCAAAAUGAUGACCAUGAAGACAUGGACCAUUUGAACUAUGCAAAUAUUGAAAAUGAGAUUGAAGUUGAUGAUAGCGAUGACGAUUUGGGAAAUGAGGAUGAUGUACUUUUUGAAGAACAAUUAGAAGAACCCCAAUUAGAAAAGGAAACAGUAAUUUCUACACCCAAGAAAAGAGGACCAACAAUGUUACAUUCCGUUCACACACGAAAUGUUAAUCAACGUGAGGUUAUUAUAUGUAAUGAAUAUGGACAACCCGUUGGACCGAUAAUAGAGGGGAAGGAUGUAGUAGGAAAAUUCUCUCGGUUUUUGGGUACAAUAGCUCGUACCCAUAGUUAUGCACCAUUGACAUGUACUUCAUGGCACAAAGUUCCACAUAAAGAUAAGAUAUGGGAGUAUGUAUUGGGAAAAUAUGAUGUGCCCGAUGAUGCUAAAACUUGGGUUCUUAGGACAAUUGGAAAUUUGUAUAAGGUGCCAGGAGGCGGAAUACCCUCAUCUAAUUGUCAAUUUCAUCAAAGCUUCUUGCUUAAGUCUGUCUACCCAAACCAGGGUAUGAGAGACAUGGGAAAUGUUAGAGAUUGGAUGUAUUUACCUAGACGGUUACCUGAGUUUGAAUCUGGUGUCAUUGAAUUUCUUAAUGCCUCGGUUCCUAGAGAUAUCUAUGACCUCAAAGAUGAAAGCAGUGAAACUAUUGGUGACUCGUAUUGGUCCGAGCCUAAUGAGGAUGGGUUAAAUUCUUUUGCACAAGUUGGUGAACAUGAGAUUCAAUUGUCAAGACAUGAUAUGCCUCCUCUUGUAGUUGAUGCAAAUACAAAUUUAGAUGGGGCUGAUGAAGCUAAUAGUGACAGUGGAGGCGAUUCUGAUUAUGACGAUACAUUAUGGGAUUGGAUGGAAGCAGAAGAAGACGAGGCUCAUUGA